UGACAAUCAUUUGAUGUGUGAGAUAAAUGAAUCGAAAAAAGUACUGUUUUAUCGGUCGAUUUUUUUUUAACUAUCCUUCCGUAGUUUUUAUCUUUGGUUAUUUGAAGUUGAUCGUUGUAGUACACACGACAUGAUUCAUCUGAUUCAUGAGUUAUGUUGAGAUUAAUUUUUUUUCUAUGGGAUCGAUCUUUUAGCCAUAAUUAUUUUAGUACUAUUUGGUGGACAAAGAGAUGGUCUUUGUUUUGUCGUCAGAUUUGGAAGGAGUUGAUCAAUCUGAGAGGGUGAGAUAGAGAGAUUUUGCCCAAAGAUGGAUGGUCUCACAAGUGCUUGGAUGGGCUCUUGUGGGAUGCUCAUUUGCUCCAACAAAGGUGAGAAUCCAUGUGGGUUCAAUGGAAUCCUCUGCUCUUCUACUUGCAUCAACCACAUGAUUGUUGUCUCAGUCAAUUUGCUGCUGUUUGUCGCGCUUCUGGUCAAUUUCGUUCUUAAGAUUCGAAAGCACGCCGUUCCUCCGCGAGGGUUCUUCGGUUUCUCGUCGCCGUUGCGGCGGUUUGCCGCCGCGUUCGACGGUUGUUUGGGGCUUGUUUAUGUCGGCCUUAGUUUGUGGAUGUUGGAAGAGAACUUUAGGAAGGGGGUGGCUUUUUACCCUCUUCAUCAGUGGCUUGUAGUGUUGUCUCAAGGCUUGUGUAUGGCGCUUAUCGGCUUUGUUCUCAGCACCAAAUUUAGACUUCUCGGAGUAGUGUUUGUUAAAGUGUGGUCGGUUGCGACGGCGUUGUUUGCGUGUUUUAUCUGCUUUUCUUCGGUUCUGAGUAUCGCCGAAGAGAAGAGGGUAUCUACAAAGGCCUGCUUAGAUGUUUUGUCAUUACCGGGAGCUUUACUAUUACUCCUAUACGGAUUCAAGCAAUCGAGAAAUGAAGAGAGCUGUGAAUUCAUUGAUGGGUCUUUGUAUAAGGCUUUGAGCGACGAACCGAAUGGUAAUGUGGCGAUCGAUUUUGAGACGGACGUUACUCCUUUUGCGACUGCCGGGGUUCUAAGUGGAAUGUCCUUUUGGUGGCUCAACCCUUUGAUGAAGAAGGGUUAUGAGAAGCCCUUAGAAGAGAAAGAUAUACCUCACUUGGGUGUAACGGAUCGAGCGAAAAGCCGUUACUUUUUAUUCCUGGAGAAAUUGGAUAGAGAAAAGCAGGUAAAGCAGAGAGCUUCGCCGUCGAUUUUUUGGGUUAUUGUUUCGUGCCAUAAAAGAGAUAUUUUUGUAUCUGGGUUCUUCGCGCUGCUUAAGAUCCUCACUCUAUCGGCCGGCCCCAUGCUCUUAAACGCCUUCAUCAAAGUAUCGUUAGGGAACGCGGCUUUUAAGUAUGAAGGUUAUGUUUUGGCCUUGGCUUUGUUCCUUGCUAAAUGUUUCGAGUCCUUAUCACAAAGGCAGUGGUACUUUCGGACAAGAAGGUUAGGACUUCAAGUGAGAUCUCUAUUAUCAGCAGCUAUCUAUAAGAAGCAACAACGGCUAUCGAAUUUGGCAAAACUGAGCCAUUCCUCUGGGGAAAUUACGAAUUAUGUUACCGUGGAUGCGUAUAGAAUAGGGGAAUUUCCGUUUUGGUUUCAUCAGACAUGGACUACAAGCCUUCAACUCUGCAUUGCGCUGAUGAUUCUAUACAAUGCUGUGGGCCUAGCAACAAUUUCUUCUAUGGUUGUGAUUAUACUUACUGUGCUAUGCAAUGCUCCUUUGGCCAAUUUGCAGCAUAAGUUUCAGACCAAGUUAAUGGAAGCUCAAGAUAAGAGGCUCAAGGCCAUGUCCGAGGCUUUGAUUAAUAUGAAGGUUUUGAAACUAUAUGCAUGGGAAACACAUUUUAGAAAGGCUAUAGAAGGGCUGAGGGAAGUUGAAUGCAAAUGGCUUUCGGCUUUUCAGCUUCGAAGAGCAUAUAACAGCUUCCUCUUUUGGUCGUCGCCUGUACUCGUAUCAGCAGCAACCUUUCUAACCUGCUAUCUUAUUAAUAUUCCUCUCGAUCCUAGUAAUGUAUUCACCUUCGUAGCUACAUUACGUUUAGUUCAGGACCCAGUUAGGCAAAUACCAGAUGUGAUCGGGGUAGUUAUUCAAGCAAAGGUCGCAUUUUCUCGGAUAGAAAAUUUUCUAGAUGCGCCUGAGCUUGAUAAUAGACAACUAAGAAGAAAGUAUAGUGCGGGUGUGGAGAAUUUAAUAAAGAUUGAGUCUUGCAGUUUCUCGUGGGAUGAGAACAUUGCGAAGCCCACUCUGAGGAAUAUAAAUUUAGAAGUGAAAGAUGGAGAGAAGGUUGCGAUUUGUGGGGAGGUCGGUUCAGGAAAGUCGAGUCUUUUGGCAGCUGUUCUAGGAGAGAUUCCGAAGACACAGGGCACGAUUCAAGUUUGUGGGAAAAUAGCGUAUGUUUCUCAGAAUGCAUGGAUUCAAACAGGUACUGUACAAGAGAAUAUCUUGUUUGGGUCCGCCUUGGAUAAGCAAAGGUAUCAAGAAACCCUGGAGAGGUGCUCUUUAGUAAAAGACCUUGAGAUGUUACCCUUUGGAGACCAUACUGAAAUAGGAGAAAGAGGGGUAAAUCUCAGUGGAGGCCAAAAGCAGCGUGUUCAGCUUGCCCGCGCAUUGUACCAAGAUGCAGAUAUUUAUCUUUUGGAUGAUCCUUUCAGUGCCGUCGAUGCACACACAGCUACUAGCCUUUUUAAUGAAUAUGUCAUGGGAGCUCUAUCAAACAAGACAGUACUGUUAGUGACUCAUCAAGUGGAUUUCCUACCAGUUUUUGAUUCCAUUUUGUUAAUGUCAGAUGGACAGAUUCUGCGAGCGGCACCUUAUCAAGAACUUCUUGCUUCUUGCGAAGAAUUUCAGGACCUUGUCAAUGCACAUAAAGAUACUGUGGAUCUUGAAAGGCUUAACAAAAUGGUCCCUAAUAGAAAAACAGAGACAUCUACGGGAGAGAUCAACAAAAUUAAUGGCAGCAAGCAUCGGGAGAGUGCGAACCCCUCGGGAGUAGACCAACUGAUUAAGAAAGAGGAGAGGGAAACGGGAGAUACUGGUUUAAAGCCAUAUAUGCAGUAUCUGAGUCAGAACAAGGGCUAUUUGUACGCAUCACUUGCUGCUCUCUGUCAUCUGAUAUUUGUAUCGGGACAGAUUUCACAGAACUCGUGGAUGGCCGCCAACAUUCAAAACCCUAAUGUCAGCACCUUAAAAUUGAUCGCGGUGUAUUUGGGAAUUGGAUUCGGGACAGUUAUCUUCUUGUUCGGUAGAUCUUUAUUUGUAGUUGUCCUAGGCCUUGAGACAUCUAAGUCCUUAUUUUCUCAGUUACUGAACUCCCUAUUCCGUGCACCAAUGUCAUUCUUCGAUUCCACUCCUCUCGGAAGGAUACUAAGUCGGGUCUCUUCCGACUUGAGCAUUGUUGACCUUGAUGUCCCGUUUAGCUUCAUCUUUAGUAUGAGUGCUACCAUGAAUGCAUGCGGCAAUCUUGGGGUAUUGGCUGUCGUUACCUGGCAAGUCUUAUUCGUCUCUAUACCAAUGAUCUAUUUGACCUUUCGAUUGCAGAGGUACUACUUAGCUUCUGCAAAGGAAUUGAUGCGGAUCAAUGGAACAACGAAAUCUCUCGUAGCCAACCACCUAGCUGAAUCAAUUCAAGGAGCAACAACAAUUAGGGCUUUUGAGGAGGAAGACCGCUUCUUUGCCAAAAAUUUGGAGCUUAUUGACCAAAAUGCAAGUCCCUUCUUCCAGAAUUUUGCUGCGAGUGAAUGGUUGAUUCAACGCUUGGAGACUAUGAGUGCAGCCACUGUUUCAUCGUCAGCCCUUGUUAUGGCUCUGCUCCCUCCUGGCACUUUUAGCUCCGGUUUUGUCGGAAUGGCUCUCUCUUAUGGUCUUUCAUUAAACAUGUCUCUUGUAUUCUCUAUUCAAAAUCAGUGCACACUAGCGAAUCUCAUCAUCUCAGUAGAAAGGCUGAAUCAAUACAUGAACAUAGAAAGUGAGGCCCCGGAAAUUGUCAAAGAGAACCGACCUGCACCUGAUUGGCCAGCUGUCGGUCGAGUAGAGCUCAAAGAUUUGAAGAUAAGAUAUAGGCCAGAUACCCCGCUCGUAUUACGUGGAAUAACAUGCACAUUUGAAGGUGGGCACAAGAUUGGGAUAGUAGGCCGCACCGGAAGUGGAAAGACAACCCUAAUAGGUGCAUUAUUUCGGCUUGUCGAACCAGCUGGAGGAAAAAUAGUCAUAGAUGGGCUAGACGUGACCACGAUUGGGCUUCAUGAUUUACGGUCUCGACUGGGAAUCAUUCCGCAAGAUCCAACUCUCUUUCAUGGCUCUGUUAGAUAUAAUCUUGAUCCUAUUGGACAAUUCACAGACCAAGAAAUAUGGGAGGUUCUUGACAAAUGCCAACUCCGAGAAGCUGUUCAAGAGAAGGAACAGGGCUUAGAUUCACUAGUUGUCGAGGAGGGAUCAAAUUGGAGCAUGGGACAAAGGCAGUUAUUCUGCUUGGGCCGUGCACUUCUGAGACGAAGCCGCAUAUUAGUUCUUGACGAGGCCACCGCGUCCAUCGAUAAUGCCACGGACGCCAUUCUUCAGAAAACCAUCAGAACGGAAUUUGCGGAUAGUACUGUUAUUACGGUUGCACAUCGGAUCCCCACGGUUAUGGACUGCACCAUGGUGCUUGCUAUUAGCGACGGGAAAUUGGUGGAGUACGAUGAACCUAUGAAACUCAUGAAAACCGAGGGGUCUCUGUUCCGAGAGCUCGUGAAGGAAUACUGGUCGCAUACAUCAAAUGGCAACAUGUAGUCAUAAAAUAUGUCGAUAAUACAAGCAAUAUUUCUUAUACUUCUCCAGUGAUCUCCUCAUUUGAAGACAGGGGAUAGGUGGAAGAGACUCCAUUUGUAAAUAACAAGCCUAAGACCUCUUAUUCUCAAUCAAAAGACAAAGAAGGAUCAUCAUAAGACCUGCACUGUAUUACUAUUUGGGAAGAUGCAUUACAAGUUUGAUAAUCCGGCGACACCAGGACACGCGAUGGCGACGAAGGUUUGGAAGAUUUGAAGUGAUUCUCGUCAUCUUAAGAAUCGUCUUUCGUCUUGUUCGGAAAUUUCAUGUGAAAUAUGUUUGUUCCCUAGUUGUCAUUCCUUUCUUGUAGUGAAAGUGUGGUAGUUAUUAGUUAAGCCACCGAAGUUAGAGCUAAGUAGUAAUUUUGAAUCUGAAUUUUUGAAUCUCUUUUCUUUUAGAAUUACCUGCGAUUAAUAGUGCAAUAGAAACUGCAAUUAAUUCUAAAUCAAAAAGAAAGAAGUACGCGGUCUUAUAUAAGUAAGGCUCCGUUUGAAAUUGCGGGGAGAUUGCGUUAUGUGCAGUGAAAAAGUACGAUGAAAAAAUAUUUUGUUUC